CCACCCUUAUAGCAGCCUAAAAUAAACUCCAUAGCAGUCAUCGGAACUUGCAAAAUUCCCAACAUUUCAGUAACAUUUGCAAUCUCGAACUACUUUAGAGAAUCAAUUACGAUUGAUCCGUUAAAGGUUCAAAAUGGAUGACGAUUUUCAGAUUCCAGGUGCUGGCUAUGACGCUGCUUAUGGUGGAAUGGGCAUGGACAUGGGAAUGGGAAUGGGAAUGGGAAUGGAUGAUUUGGAAACGGAUCUCCCAGAGGAAAAUCCAACUCUUAAAAUUGGAGAAGAGAGGGAAAUUGGCAAUAAUAAUCUGAGAAAGAAGCUCCUCAAAGAAGGUGAAGGCUGGGAAAAUCCCACUUCCAGAGAUGAAGUUGAAGUUCAUUAUGUGGGUAGUUUGCUGGAUGGGACACAGUUUGAUUCUAGCCACGAUCAUGGCACCCCAUUCAAAUUUAAGCUAGGGGAAGGUAUGCCUCUAAGAAUUGAACAUUCUUCAGAUAAGGUUAUAGAGGGACUUGAUAGAGCUGUAAAGACCAUGAAGAAAGGGGAAAUAGCAUUUGUAACAAUUAAGUCAGAGUAUGCAUUUGGUCCAUCUGAAUCCCAACAAGAUCUGGCUGUUGUACCAGGCAAUUCCACUGUAUAUUAUGAAGUUGAGAUGGUCUCCUUUGUGAAGGAAAAGGAGUCUUGGGAAAUGAGUGCCCAAGAAAAGAUAGAAGCUGCUGCGAAGAAGAAAGAGGAAGGGAAUGCAUGGUUCAAGGCGGGAAAAUAUCAAAGAGCCUCAAAAAGAUACGAAAAAGCUGUCUCGUUCAUUGAAUAUGAAUCUUCUUUCAAUGAGGAAGAGAAAAAACAGGCUGAAGUGCUCAAAAUCACUUGCAAUCUUAAUAUCGCUGCUUGCAAGCUAAAAUUGAAGGAUUACAAAGAGGCAGAGAGACUAUGCACUGAAGUGUUAGAAAUUGAUAGUAAAAAUGUUAAAGCGCUUUAUAGAAGAGCACAAGCAUAUAUACAUCUGGUUGAGUUGGAUUUGGCAGAAGUUGAUAUAAAAAAAGCAAUUGAAAUCGAUCCAGAUAACAGGGAUGUGAAACUGGGAUAUAAAUUUUUGAAGGAUAAAGUUAAAGAAUACAAUAGGAAAGAUGCACAAUUUUAUGGUAAUAUUAUUGCGAAAAUGAGCAAGUUGGAGCAAGCUAAAUCUGUAGGUGCAGAUGCAAAGCAUGGGAAAAUGACAAUGGCAAUAGAUAGACUGAAGAAUAUCAUUGCUCCAGUGAGUAGGGAACAAAUCAAAGGAUGGUUUCUUCCACUGGUUAUGGUAAUUCUUGCAAUUGUACUUUACUCGUACUUCAAAAAUUAGAAGUAUGACAGAGUAUAUUUCUGGUUUGUAAUUUAUAAAAGAAGAUGAUGGUAUAGAGAGAGAACAAGUAUCUUUUAUUUUGGAAAAUGUUGUAUAAAAAGUUGAUAUGCCGUUUUACCUCACUGGAUAAUCCAUUCUUCGAGUAGACAAUUCCCGUAAAUUCAAUUAACUGUUGCGUUCUUUUCA